UGGUUAUAAAUACUCUGCUAUGUGAGAGAGUUUACUACAUUCACAAACAAACUAAAACUUAAAAAUGGGAAGGGGUGAGUUUUUGGCCAUGAAGACUGAGGAGAACGCGGCUAACCUGAUCAAUUCCGAUAUGAAUGAGUUCGUCGCCGCUGCAAAGAAGCUCGUGAAAGACGUAGGGAUGCUCGGCGGGGUAGGUUUUGGCACGUCAGUCCUCCAAUGGGCCGCUUCAAUCUUCGCUAUUUAUCUGUUGAUAUUGGAUCGUACCAACUGGAAAACCAAAAUGUUGACCACCCUUUUAGUACCAUACAUCUUUUUCACACUUCCUUCGGUUAUCUUCCAGUUCUUUAGCGGAGACUUUGGGAAAUGGAUUGCUCUCAUCGCGAUCAUAGUCAGGCUUUUCUUCCCUAAAGAAUUUCCAGAGUGGCUAGAGAUUCCGGUAGCAUUGAUUCUUAUUGUGGUGGUGUCGCCGAGCCUUAUAGCUUGGACACUAAGAGAAAGCUGGGUUGGAGCAGUCAUAUGUCUAGUAAUAGCAUGUUACCUUUUCCAUGAACACAUUAAAGCUUCAGGUGGAUUCAAAAACUCUUUUACUCAAAAGAAUGGAAUCUCCAAUACCAUUGGGAUCGUUGCCCUCCUCGUUUACCCGGUUUGGACCAUCUUCUUUCACAUCUUUUAAGUCAAUCCGACCCAUUGGUUUGUAGACACAUUCAACAUUUUGUGUCUUCAAUUCGUUUUCAAGGUUUGAAUUUUAUAAGGAGCAUUUGUGUUUGAGAAAGUCUUGAAUAUAAAAAAGAAGUUUCAAUCGUGCACUGCUGACUUGUAAGAUUGUUUUUUUUUUCUUGUAAAUGUGUGACUUGUAAGAUAUAUAA